CGUUCCUCGGGCCCGUCGCCUUCCUUCGGCCCACCCACCCACCCCCCUCUCUCUGACACAAGACAGUUGCGGUGGGGCUCGUUCACUGACUUCAUUCGGAAAGUGCAGAGCCCCCCGACUCCCGGAGCCGCGCGGAGCGGGCGAGAGCGGAGACCCUCGCUGCUCCUGCAGGUGAUACUUUUGUAGCCUUGCUAAUAAUAAUGGUUAAUAUGAGGGACAACGAAUCGCCAUAUGAAGCACAAAUGGAAGAACCCUUAGGGAGGGUGUCUAUACUUUCUUACGGUUCUGGGCAUAUGCUUAAUGACAUCACAUCGUCGUGUUGGUUUACCUAUUUGCUGGUGUUUUUGACUGAUGUGGGACUUAGUCCAGGCGAUGCUGCUGUUGUCAUGCUUUCUGGACAGUUGGCGGAUGGAUUCACAACAAUAUUUGCUGGGGAACUGAUGGAUCGUUUUGGGCAUUUCAAACUGUGGCAUGCAGGAGGAUCUAUUUUAGUGGCAAUUUCCUUCUCAUCUGUUUUCGGUAGCUGUGUUCCUUGCAAACUUAUGGGGACUAAUUCAUCUACUUUGGAGACUGUUGGAUACAGCACAUUUGCCGCUAUCUUUAAUGUUGGUUGGGCAGUUACUCAAGUUGCUCACAUGUCAAUGGUGAACUGCAUGACAUCAAACCCAUCUAGCCGGGUUUCACUUGUAAGCUGUCGUAAUGCCUUCACAAUGGUUGCAAAUCUUAGCCUGUAUGGCAUUGCUUUGUUGAUAUUUACUCUAUUGCAGUCAGUGAGCGUACUAGUUCAGUAUCGGUGGAUUGCUUAUGUGUCCAUUUCCCUUGGAUCUUGUUUUGUUGUCAUCUUCUUAGUUGGAACAAAGGAGCCGGGGUCAAUUCAGCACUCUACGGAUAAGAACCUUUCCAGAAUUUCAUGGGCCUACUGGUUCAAGAGAGUAUUAUACUACCAAGUUGCUCUAGUCUAUACUCUGACUAGAUUGGUGACCAAUGUUUCACAGGCAUUUCUUGCUUUUUAUGUGAUAUAUGAUUUAGAAAUGCCUCAAUCCUCGAAAGCAUUGAUUCCCGCUAUUAUCUACGUCUGCAGUUUGAUAGUAUCUGUAAUAUUACAGGAGACUAGGUGGUCAAGUUGGCGUCUCAAGCUUUACUUUUCAGCUGGAGCAGUGCUUUGGAUAUUGUCAGGUCUUGGAAUUGUUCUUCUACCAAGCAGAUUGCACAACGUCAUGUAUGCCAUUUCAAUCAUAAUAGGAGCUGCCAAUGCACUUAUGACAGUGACAAGUAUUAGCAUGGAAGGUGUUUUAGUAGGAGAAGAUCUAAAUGGUUGUGCUUUUGUGUAUGGCUCAUUAAGUUUUGUUGACAAAGUAUCAUGUGGAAUAGCCCUGUAUAUACUGGAGUCCUAUCAAGGUACGAUAAGAUCAAAUUUAGUAACGGCAUUUGGCUAUUCAGUUACAAGAUUUGGUUUGGGCUUUGUUCCAGCUGCCUGUUCGCUGCUUUCAGCUAUAGUAGCUUAUACCAUGGACCUCCCUGAUACUCGACGAAGACCUUUGGUGGAGCCCCUUCUAGCAUGAUUUUGCUUGUGGCACUGCUACAGUUGACUGUCAACAUUUGGUCAUCAGUAAUAGACACAUGAUCGCGCGAUGAAAUUACUGGAACCUGAAGCUACUAACGACAUUAUAGGGUGGCGGAGGAAGUGGAUGCUUGGUCAAUUCAUUGCAACUUCAUAUAUAGUCUGAAUAAAUUAUGAUGGAGAGAAUGUACUCAGCGACACGUUGAGUAUAAAUUAAAAGUAGCAUUGGAACAGGAAGACUUCUAUUGAUCACACUGAUCUGUACAGAUCAGUCCACAAUCCAUUGUAAAUGCAUCUUAUCUUCGUUGUUCAGAAAGUGCAUGGCGUGUAUGGCAAUUCUUUUGAAAGCAAUUAAACUGCCACAUAGGCAUAUAUAGCUCUUGCCAAGGGAAAGAAUGUCUACUCUAGUUUUUGUUUUAUAGGACUGUAAUUUCAUUGUACAUAUAACACUGAUUCAAAAGAAACAUUUCAUACUUAUAUUGUCGGAUGAAA